AUGGUACGGGAGACGGCAUCUCCCAGUGACGAGCAACCGCCGCCGUUGCCCACCUGGACCGCGACGACGAGCCCGGUAGACGUCAGGGCUCUGCAGGCACAGGCUACAACUGCCGUCUCUCCCGUGGAUAUCCAGACCCUCUCCUUUCCGGAUGGUUCCAGAGGCACCUUUUCCACACCCGGACCCGGACCGGCAUCGACACCGAUUGGCAGCGGCCAUGUCUCUCCGACAAGCAAGGACGCCGGCUCUGGCGCCGAUGGAUUCGACGAUGCGGCCAGUGUGAUGAGCCUCGCGCCGACGAUGCGCCCGGCAGGCGACCUCGCAAGCCUUCUCGCCGGCGAGUUCGACAAGAGGGGCUCGGCUUGGAGCAUGCUCCAGUCACAGUCGGCAUCGAUCCAGCCAUUCGAGAGGAGCCGCGGCAGGGCUCAAGACCCCCUUGCCGCCUUCGAGAAGGAGUUUGAGGCCUCCCUCGAUGAGAUGGACGACGAUUUCCAGGACGAUGAAAGAUUGGCCUUGUGGAAAUCAAAGUUGAAACAUUACAUGAUCUUGUCGUCGGCGGGAAAACCCAUCUGGAGUCGCCAUGGCGAUCUGAACCUCAUCAACUCCUCGAUAGGAGUCGUUCAAACCAUCAUAUCGUUCUACGAGGGCUCGAAAGCUCCUCUUCAGGGCUUCACAGCUGGAGAUGCUAGGUUCGUCGUGUUGACCCAAGGGCCGCUCUACUUCGUGGCGAUAAGCAAACUCGGAGAGAGCGAUUCGCAGAUCCGAUCGCAACUCGAAGCACUCUAUAUGCAAAUUCUAUCUACUCUAACGCUCCCCACGCUCCGAAAUAUUUUCAUCAACCGGCCUUCCAGCGACUUGCGCAAGCCGCUCGGAGGUACCGAAACGCUCCUCUCGUCCUUGGCCGACAACUUCACCUUGGGCUCGGCAUCGGCCCUCUUGGGUUCAUUGGAGUGUCUCAAGCUCCACAAGUCGGACCGACACGCCAUCAACAAUGGCUUUUUAAAACUGAGGGCCGAAAAACUCCUCUAUGGGCUUAUUGUCGCUGGAGGAAAGCUCGUGAGCGUCAUACGACCCCGACGCCACUCCCUCCACCCCGGCGAUCUUCAACUCAUCUUCAACAUGUUGUUCGAAUCCGACGGCAUCAAAGGCGGAGGUGGGGAAAACUGGAUCCCUAUAUGCCUCCCGGCCUUCAACAACCAAGGCUACCUCUACAUGUACGUCAGCUUCCUCGAGGAAGAGUCGGAUGGACAAGCCAGCGGUCCCGACGCCAGCCUGAGCCAGUCCGCGGACGAAGAAAUCGCCAUCGUCCUGAUCAGCGCCGAUCGGGAAAGCUUCUACAGCCUCAAGCAGAUGCGAGACGGCGUCGCGCAGCAGCUGGCAAAGAACGGCAGCCUCGCCAUCAUCCGAAAGGCGGCGCAGGCUGGACGUCCGACCAUAGCGCAGGUUGCGCCAGGGAGCCAAAUCCGCCAUUUCAUGUACAAAUCACGAGCAAACGUACAGUUCUGCAUGUCAUCCCUGCAGCCCACACUCUGCCAACUCGUAGAGCGGCGGAGACUGAUGACUCUCUAUCACCAGCUGCACGCGACCGUUCACGCCAAGCACGUGCAUCUCAAAGUGCUGCAUUGCACCAGCGACGACGCAUCAUCGCUCGCCUGGGUCACCCCUCUAUUCGAGUUUUACUGCGUCGGCGGACCAAACAUGUCCAGGGCGUCCAUCUCGCAAGGCGCCAACAAGAUUGUCCAAUGGGCAAAGAAGGAGGAGCAGCGCAUAUUCAUCAUCGGAGGCGGAGUUUUUUGA